AUGUGUAGACUUUUUGGUUAUCACAUUAUGAUUGUCUCAAAGUACUUCGAAGACAUCAUAGAUUUUAUUAACUUGGAGUUGGUAUGCAAGAAGUUCCAAGGUAAUAUGGGAAAGUUUCAUUUCAACCCAAUUUCUUUGAAUUACAAAACGUUUGGAUACUUUCCAAAUAUAGAGACACUUCACUUGUGGAGUAAAGAAGAUGAGACCUUUGGCAAUGGAUUUAUGAUCAACACAAAAGAAAACAGAGAAAAUAAAGGUGUUUUGAAGAAAGAAUUUUAUCGAAUCAUUGUGUGGUUCAAUGUUGACUUUGAAACUGUUGAAAAUAACAAAAGUCAAAACAUCGAGUUUAAAAACGUUACUUACACGCAAAAUGAUAGAAAGAAAUUUGGUAAUAAUAUACCAUCUAGUGUGACAUCAAUCGGUGAUGGUGUUUUGGUGGAUGCAUUGAUCUUAGCAGUAAGUCUAAACAACGUUACCAUACCAUCAAGUGUUACAUCGAUUGGUGAUGGUUGUUUCCGUCAAUGCAAUAGUUUAAAUAACGUUACAUUAUCAUUGAGUGUUAUAUCAAUUGGUGAUGGUUAUUUCUAUGAAUGCAAUAGUUUACACAAUGUUUUUAUACCAUCGAGUGUUACAUUGAUUGGUGAUCAAUGUUUCUUUAAAUGUGUUAGUCUAACUGGUAUUACAAUACCAUCAAGUAUGAAAUCAAUUGGUGAUUGUUGUUUCAAAGAAUGUAUUAAUUUGACUAAUGUUACAAUACCAUCAGGUGUGACAUCAAUUGGAAUUCAAUGUUUCCCAUUAAAUAUAAUAGUUCAUCGAGAUUAA